AUGGACGCUGCAACCGCCGCGACGGCGACCGCGGCGGCGGCGUUGGUCUGGUUCCGGAAGGGCCUGCGCGUGCACGACAACCCGGCGCUCGACGCGGCCCGGCGCAGCGCCGCGCGGGUCUACCCGGUGUUCGUGCUCGACCCGCGGUACCUCCGCUCGGACCCGGCCGCGCCCUCCCAGGGCUCCGCGCGUGCCGGGGUCGCGCGCGUCCGCUUCCUCCUCGAGAGCCUCCGCGACCUGGACGCCCGCCUCCGCCGCCUCGGCUCACGCCUCCUCGUCCUGCGCGCCCGCGACGACGUCUCGGACGCCGUCUGCGCAGCCCUCAAGGACUGGAACAUCGGCAAGCUGUGCUUCGAGUCCGACACCGAGCCGUACGCCCUGGCCCGCGACAAGAGAGUCACGGAUUUUGCUGCUGCGUCGGGGAUCGAGGUGUUCUCGCCUGUCAGCCACACCCUUUUUGACCCAGCAGAAAUCAUAGAGAAGAAUGGGGGCCGGCCACCGUUGACAUACAAAUCGUUUGUGGCUACCGCUGGAGAGCCGCCCAAGCCAGUGAUGGAGGAAUACUCUGAGCUCCCGCCAAUUGGUGAUACGGGAGGAUAUGAGUUGUUGCCUGUGCCCAAACUGGAGGAGCUUGGAUAUGGUGAUGUCAGCCAGGAGUACAUUCCGCCAUUCCGCGGCGGCGAGACAGAAGCUCUGAAGAGGAUGAGAGAGUCACUCCAGGAUAAGGAGUGGGUUGCCAAGUUUGAGAAACCUAAGGGUGACCCUUCUGCCUUCUUGAAACCCGCAACAACGGUCUUGUCACCGUAUCUGAAAUUCGGUUGCCUGUCGGCGAGGUACUUUUACCACUGCAUUCAAGAUGUCUACAGGAGUACCAAAACGCAUACAAAACCACCUGUUUCGUUGGCUGGCCAGUUGCUGUGGAGGGAUUUCUUCUACACAGUGUCUUUUGGCACUCCUAAUUUCGAUCAGAUGGAAGGGAACAAAAUAUGCAAACAGAUCCCAUGGAUAGAGAACGAGGAGCUGUUUGUUGCAUGGAGAGAUGGCCGGACAGGAUAUCCAUGGAUUGAUGCCAUCAUGAUUCAGCUGAGGAAGUGGGGUUGGAUGCAUCAUCUUGCACGCCACUCUGUUGCUUGUUUCCUGACGCGGGGUGAUCUGUACAUCCACUGGGAGCAAGGCCGUGACGUCUUCGAAAGGCUACUGAUAGAUUCGGACUGGGCCAUUAACAAUGGAAAUUGGCUAUGGCUCUCCUGUUCAUCAUUCUUCUACCAGUAUCACAGAAUCUACUCCCCAAUCUCAUUUGGAAAGAAGUACGAUCCCAACGGAGACUACAUCAGGCAUUUCAUCCCGGUGCUAAAAGACAUGCCCAAGGAGUACAUCUACGAGCCUUGGACUGCACCCCUUAGCGUGCAGGAGAAAGCCAGGUGCAUCGUCGGCAAGGACUACCCAAAACCAGUGGUUGACCAUGAAGCUGCAAGCAAAGAAUGCAGGAGGAGGAUGGGGGAAGCUUAUGCGUCUAAUCGCCUAGGCGGCAACCCUGUCAAAGGAAAUUCCUCGAAUUCAUCGCGAAGGAAGUUUUCUGAUGGUGGCCAAGAAUCCAAGAUGUCCCCGACUCAUCCAUGUCCAAGCAACCGAGGUAGAGAAGCUGACCCCAGAGCAGAAAAGUCUUAA